GACUGCGAAUGCGACGUCUCUCCGAGUCUCCUCCCCGGGGUUGAGGACUGCGAAUGGGGCCUAGAGUUUGUCUAUUUGCACUGCGACGCCACACGACCGUUCAUGAGUUACGAGGGUUUGGUCUGUUUCCCUGAAACAGAGUGGGUCAACGUUUUGAACCCUUCCACGGGUCAACUCCGGCGAUUCCGUUGCCCCUCCCUCUUGAAUCCCCGCCCAAACCCCACCACGUUUAGGGAAGAAUCAUGGACGACUUAUUUCCCGGGAUAUUGUGCGAUGGGAUUCGGUAGAGACAAUGUUAAGGGUAGCUAUAAAGUAGUAAGGAUCUUCCGUGAUCCUAACUAUUGCGAUAUCCUUGACGUCAACAAUGGUGAAUGGCGGAAACUUUGGAAACCAAAUCGUUACAAGGUUGAUGUCGGAAGAAAAUCGGCGUGUGUCAACGGAUCAGUCUACUGGUUACGAAUUAUGCAUGAUCAUGUCUACACGAUACUCGCCUUGGAUCUUCACACGGAAGAGUUCCAUGAUGUCCCACGUCCGCCUCUUCCCAAGGGCAUCAUGUUGGAAGCACAGAUUGCCAACAUUAGGGAUCGUCUUGCCAUAGCCAUGCCCGUUUUCCAUCCUCUUCAGCAGUACGAGCUAGAGAUAUGGAGUAUGGAUGAUGCACCACAAGAUACAUGGAGCAAGACUCACUCCAUUAGUUUAGUUUCUCUUGGUAUCGAGGAGUCUAGGUCCUUCACGCCCGUGACUCUCUCUAAGCAAGGGGAUGUUCUCUUCUAUGACGAUGAAGACUUGUUGUUCAAGUAUAUUUCAAAGACAGACGAACUCCAAAGGCUCGCUGAAGACAUUUCUGUUAUAUCUCAUUACGUUGAGAACUUGGUCCCACUUCCGGCUCAACAAGUCGAGUUAAGGACUGGAAUUACUUGCCUCCACCCUCUUGAAAUAGAACCACUGGAUAGGAUUCAACCAAGAAGCGUCCACGAGUUUCUCCGUAAGGGAAUGAGAGGUCAGAGAAUCUUCCAAAUAUCUAGGAACUCGGCUAUGGAAAAACAAAAUCCUCAUGCUUGUCGAUUUCCUGCUUGGCCUGCUGCUUCUGUACAUCUGGCUAACUGAACCCAUUGACGGGUUAGCUCUGGUGUUUCU